ACUGGUUUACUGAACAUUUUGAGCCAAUGUCAGAACGUUUUGAAAAUACAUUUCAUUCAUGAUUCARCAGCAGAGUUUUUAAAUAAAUGCAGAAAACAUCCUCAGCCAGUACAAAGACAGAGGGAAAGGAGGAAGGAGCCCAGUUUGAGUCAUAUGGAUGAUGGCUCCCAGAAGGAUGGAAACUAAACCAGCAAUCUUCUGUCUGAAGACACUCCUGCUGUUUUACUCCUUCAUCUUCUGGGUGACAGGUGUGAUCCUGCUGGCAGUGGGGUUAUGGUGGAAGUUCAUGUUGGGCCCCUACAUGCUGCUGAUCUCCAACAGCCCCUCCCAGGCACCGUACGCGCUCGCCGGCACUGGAGCUGCUAUUGUGCUGUUCGGGCUGUUUGGCUGUUUUGCCACCUGCAGGGGGCGCCCCUGGAUGCUGAAACUGUAUGCUGUGUUUCUGUCUCUGGUCUUYGUGACUGAAGUCAUCGGUGGGAUCUCUGGGUUCAUCUUUCGUCACGAGAUUAAAGGGACGUUUCUGACUUCGUACAACGAGGCGGUGAUGAGAUACGAUGGACAAGAUGACAGGAGUCUGGCUGUGGAUGGUGUCCAGCGCAGACUGCAUUGCUGUGGAGUUUAUAACUACACCAGCUGGUUGAGCAGUGUGUAUUUUCCUGUUGGUGGGAUUCCUGCCAGCUGUUGUGUCACUUUUGCCGACUGCAGCGGAGCYGACAUGAAGAACGCAACUCUGGCUGCACGGAAAAUCUACAGACAGUCUCAGGUAAUCGGGAUGUCUCUAGCCUGCUGUUUGUCUCACUUCAUCAGCACCAAUCAGUACGAGAUGGUCUGACAGAAAACUACAGGAUGUACAGCACCAUGGAAACCUGCACAAACAGAUUAUUGUAGGUUUUUUUUUUUUUUUUUUUUUUGUUUACUUGGUGUUUUGGUAAAAGAGGCAACAUUCUUUUUUCCUUUCACUUUACGGUUUCUGAGUGUAGUUUACCUGUAAAUCCAGCAGGAGGUGCUAACUUCUGAUUGUUUUGUUCAUGGUUACAUUMUGUGAUGAAGAAAGUUGUAGUCUGUAUUUUAAUGUGUAAUAAAACACAGUUCACCGCUGUGUUAAAAAAAUAAAGGUUUAGUUGUGUCGAUUAAAAA